CUUGUCUGUUUUUCCGAGGCUGGAAAAGUUUUUCAGGGUCUUUCUUAGAAAUUUUAGAACCCUAGUAAUUCCAGUUACUUAGAUGAUAAACUAACUCUAAAUGGGCUUUUUACAGAUCUUCGAUGCAUAAGCCUAUUACUAUAAUGUACUCAAAGGAACGUUAUUUAAAUGUGUAUUUUGGAAGUUCUUGCUCUUACCUUGAGUAUUUUAAUCUCAUUAAAUCGAGUUGUCUAGAUUCAUCUGUCCAUCUCUUCUGCAAGCAAAAUGAUAAAAUACAUAAAUUUUGAAGUAUUGAAGAAGAGUUUAUAGUAGGAAUUACACAAUACUGUGGAAGUGAUAUGUGUAUUUCUGAUAGUGUUUAUGGAUCAGCUGGGUGUGGGCCCAACUGUCUCCUGUGAUUCUUGGUAAGGCAAGAAUUUCUUCUGAUCUGGAGAAACUUAUUAACCACCAUUUACAGCUUCUUUGACUGGAAAGAAACAAAGUGAUUCUGUGGUAUGAACAAGUGCCUGUAUGGAUCCAAGAAGAAAUAGAAAACGUGUUAUAUUUAACAAGCCCUCCUUUAAUUUCUAGCUGAGAAGAUCACCAGGGCAAGUGUGUUUUCCAGGAGGUAAAAGGGAAGCAACUGAUAAAGAUGAAAUAGAUACUGCUCUCCGAGAAGCUAAAGAAGAAGUGGGACUCCAGCCAGAGAAGGUGGAAGUCAUCUGUAGGCUUGUGCCUGGAAUUGAUAAAAUGAAUCACUUGGUGACACCGGUUGUAGGAUUUAUAGAGGAUACAUUCCAGGCCACUCCUAAUCCAGAUGAAGUGAGCAAUGUUUUUGUUGUGCCGUUGGAGUACUUCAUCAAGCCCUUACAUUACAAGACCUUGCCUUAUAAAAGCUCAUCCGGUUCCUUAAGUUGGGUGCACUGUUUUACAUAUGAUGACCAGGAACAUAAAAUGUCAUUCAGGAUAUGGGGACUUACUGCACACUUUGCUGUACUUCUUGCUCUUGUAAUUUUUGGAGAGACACCCACGUAUGAAGUUGAUUAUGAUCUUGACAAUUUACUUUCAUCUGCUGAGAAUAACUUCUGGAAUUUAUAUGCAUCCUUACAUGAAAGAAAGAAGAGUAACCUGUGACAGACUGGUCUGGCAAUUAAUUUAUAUUGAAGGAGCAGAAAGGGUUUUGUUUAUUCCCUCUGUACCUAUAAUUUGAUUGAAUUUCACACUUCAAUUUCUUCUGAAUUGGGAACUUAUUAAAAUUUAUUAAUAUUUUUAAGUUGACAAGCCCUAACUAGCUUCAUAUAAUUUUUAAUCUGUUUUAGAGCUGCCAAAAGCACAUGGUAUUUUUGAUGGACUUAAUAUAAGUUUUGGAGGAUCUGUUUCAGUUUCUGCCUUUGUUUUGUGUGAUCUAAGACACUUUCUGUGGUUAACUUCUCUGUAUAAUGAGAUAAUACUGUUUUAUCUGAUUUUUGUCAGUUUGAAUUAGAAUAUGGAAAUUUUUGGGGGUCUGUCUCAUACUGUGUGGCAUACUAUGUAUGGAUAACAUAAUCCAUACAGUCUUGUAUCUUCAAAGCACUUAUCAAACGCACAAUAAAAAUGUAAAAGGUGGCAAGU